AUGGUAAAAGGACUACUAUCGCUGCUGAAGAAGUUCAAGUCUACUCCAAAUCGAGAGCUGCGCAUUCUUCUCCUUGGUCUCGAUAAUGCGGGAAAAACGACGAUCCUAAAAAAGUUGGCAUCAGAAGAUAUUACUCACAUCACUCCCACACAAGGUUUCAACAUCAAAAGUGUCCAGUCGCCUGGCUUCAAAUUGAACGUGUGGGACAUUGGAGGACAGCGAAAAAUUAGGCCAUACUGGCGAAACUAU